GUGUGAGACUGUGCUGGAGCAGAGGCGCAUCUGCAUGGCGGUGAAUCGAUUCAUCAGAAAUGAAGUAAUAUCAAAGGCUGGAUCUGCUUCUUAUAACCGAAAUCGUGCUGGCGUGUGUAUGCGGGGUGACCAUGCAUGAAACUGAACAGCAGGCUGCCUGAGGCAAUUCUCUUCCCUGCAUACAUCCGUUACAGCCGAGGUUUGUUAACACACAGGAGUGACUCGACAUUGCAGCAUGGAGCAGGUGGAGCAGUCAGGAUCAGAGAGCCCUCAGCCGUCAUCCAUACAGUCAGACACAUCUACAGCUCCAGCGGAGGAAGGAAACAGUGGAACAAGCACCCGCAGGAAGCGCAGGAAGAGAGAGCCACGGCCCGAAUCCAUCAUUGUGUAUCGUUCUGACACUGAGAGAACUGAUGGAGACGAACGAAGUGGAGAUGUGGAAGUCACAGAGAGGAGUUCUGAGGAAGGGGCUAAAUUUCUUGCAACCCCAACAGGGGAAGGCGGUUGGAAUCUGCCUCCAGACAGCCGCUAUGUGACAUUAACCGGCACCAUCACACGUGGUAAGAAGAAAGGUCAGGUGGUGGACAUUCACGUCACACUAACAGAGAAGGAGCUCCGUGAAAUGGCCAAGUCCAAAGAGCGUCUGGAUGCAGAGUGUGAAGCAGCAGGAGGAGGGAAGCGCAUGUGUGGUUUUGGCUUAGACCAGGGUCCUCAUGUGGUGCUGUGGAGUCUCUCAUGUGCUCCUUUUAUCUUCCUGCUCUCGUUCAUCACCUCAUUUUACUAUGGCACACUCACCUGGUAUAACGUGUUCCUGGUGUACAAUGAGGAGCGGACGUUCUGGCACAAAAUCACAGUGUGCCCUUUUCUCAUCAUUUCCUAUCCACUGAUCAUCAUGGCUGUGUCAUUGUCUUUAGGGGUGUACUCGGCAGUGGUGCAAGUAUCCUGGGUGUUCAGUGAGUGGUGGUUCUCAGUGCGGGAUCUAGAAAAGGGAUUCUGUGGCUGGGCCUGUGGGAAGCUGGGCCUUGAGGACUGCUCUCCAUAUAGCAUUGUAGAAUUACUUGACUCGGACACGAUUUCUGGCAGUCUGCAGGGGAAAGGUCCUGGCGAGAGUGUGCAGACUUCCUCAGUGUAAGUGCCGGACUAAUUCUGGUAAAUUGGGUUUUGAAUAAAAACCUUUCCUGGAAUCACAUCUGAAUGGUGCUCCUGAAACAGCAUUCCACAUAAUCACUGCUAUCUGAUAUCAUUAGUUUGUGUUUCUGACUUUUCCUCAAUUUUUUGUCCUGAAUACAUCUGUCAGCUGAAUACAUCUGUAGCUGGGUAUACUGAAGUUACAAACUACAUGGUGUACCAAAAAUCUUCUUAUAAAGGGUUUCAUUAAUGCCUGCACCAGUGCGGUUUUGCCUGCAUCAGUGGAUGUUCAUGGAAAUUUCCAGACAAAAGAAACAACACCCGUGUACACAGGCUAAAUAGAGAGCAACACAAACACUAAAGAGGUUCUCCUUAAUAGUUUCAGGGUUUUCAACUGACUGAAAUUGACUAAAGCUUAACAAUAAUUAAUAGUAUUUUGGGGGGGUUUAGGUCAAAUUUGUAAAAUAUUUACUGCGCUAGCAAGUACUUGGCUAACAUUAGUUACUGAUAGGCUAAGCUAACAUUAGUAACAGGUUCACUUGGCUAACUUUUGUAAUGUUUUCGCUUAGGUCUAGCUUAUAUUAGCUUACAGAUAGAAACUAACUAAAUCAUAUGAAAAAUGUUUGAAAAUUCUCCAGAAAUUAACAGUUGAAGCUGAUUCUUUCUUUAUUCCAAAAUGUAAGAAAAGGAAAACGCCCAGUUUCCAAAACACUCUGUAAACAUGUUGCACAGUACUUCACUGUGCCCAGUACACUCCUAUGUUCAGUCAAAUGUUAAUAAGAAUACAAAUUACCCACUCCUGAGGCUUUAUUUGGGGUAACAGUAUCCCACUGAUGAUAUCAGAUGGCAGUGUCAGGGUGAAAUAUUGUAUCAAAAAUAAUAAAGUGGCAUGAAUCUAGUAACAUGCCCUACUUGAAAUAGUGCUCACUGACUAUAUCUGUGCUGGUAGAUUAGUCCUAGUUGUAUUAUUUGAGAGUGAUUACAUAGAGUAUAGGGGUCUUUUUACUGCUUGUGAAAUGUAGCCAUGUCAGUAUACACCAUGUACACAUCCAAUGCUUAUGAAUGAGCUAAGGAGUUUAUGUGAAAUACUUUAUUUGGCUUUAUUUGGCCAUUUUGUUCACAGGCUCCUGGUUAAAUCCUUAUUCAAGAUCAUUUGUCAUUCCUUCUUUUUCACAGGCAAUUUAAAUUUCUUUCCCCUUUUUUAAUAUAUUUAUGCUAUUUAUUUUUACUGUAUUUAUUUGAAUAGAUGGUCUGGAUAAUUAACAGUUGUUUCCAGGAGAGCUUUUCAAAGCCUGCUGUUGAAAAAAAAAAAAAAAAAAU